AUGUCGGAGCUGAAGAGUGAGAAGCCCUCAGGCUUCUCAUCUGAGGCCCCGAUCAAGAGCGAAUACAGCGGCGAUGACAUUGCCACGGUUGAGAGAGGUGGCCUGUCAGAUCCCAACCAUGUGGAGCUUCAGCGUGCCCUCAAGGCGAGGCACAUCACCAUGAUUGCGAUCGGUGGUGCCAUCGGAACCGGUCUGAUUAUUGGAACAGGUGAAGCUCUUGCGAAAGCAGGCCCAGGCUCGAUCCUGAUCGCUUAUGCCUGGGUGGGCUUCAUCGUGUACUUGGUAAUGUGCGCUCUUGGCGAAAUGGCGGCAUGGCUUCCCUUGCCCUCUGGGUUUACUGGCUAUGCUGUUCGAUUCUGUGAUCCUGCCCUCGGUUUUACAGUGGGCUGGAUGUAUUGGUUUAAAUAUAUUCUCGUCACACCAAAUCAGUUGACAGCUGGUGCGCUAGUCAUAUCGUAUUGGUUACCAGCGGAAAAGGUCAACCCCGGUGUCUGGAUCACGGUCUUCCUUCUUUUGAUCAUCUGUAUCAAUUACUUUGGAGUGAAAUUCUUCGGCGAGUUCGAGUUCUGGCUAUCAUCGUUCAAGGUUGUUGUGAUUCUCGGAAUCAUUCUGCUGUCUUUCAUCUUGAUGCUGGGCGGAGGCCCUGAUCAUGACCGGAAAGGAUUCAGAUACUGGAAGGACCCGGGCGCUUUCGCAGAAUACAUUGACACCGGUGCUUCUGGCCGAUUCUAUGCUUUCUGGUCUACCAUGGUAUCUGCAACCUUUGCCUACCUCGGAACGGAACUGGUCGGUGUCACCGUGGGUGAAGCCCAGAAUCCUCGCCGCACUAUUCCCCGCGCCAUCCGGUUGACAUUCUACCGAAUCCUGGUCUUUUAUGUGCUCUCUGUUCUCCUUGUGGGCACUUUGGUCAAAUACAAUGAUCCUAAGCUGGCUUUCGCCGUCAAUGCCAGCAGCUCCGCUGCCGCAUCCCCAUUCGUUGUCGCCAUUGAAAACGCCGGUAUCCCCGCGCUCUCGCAUAUUUUAAACGCUUGCAUCCUUCUCUUCGUGUUUUCCGCGGCUAAUUCAGACCUUUAUAUUGCGACUCGUACAAUCUAUGGUCUUGCCCGCGAAGGAAAAGCGCCCAGAAUAUUGUCCCGAACAGACCGGCGGGGUGUGCCCAUCUUCGCUCUGGGCGUCUCGGCCCUAUUUGCGCUUUUGGCAUACAUGAAUGUUUCUAGUGAUUCAAAGACGAUCUUCAAAUACUUCGUGAACCUGGUCACCAUCUUCGGUCUCUUGACCUGGAUCUCAAUCCUGGUCACUCACAUCUAUUUCGUCCGUGCACGACGGGCACAGAAUGUUCCCGACAGCGAGCUCGCUUACGUCGCGCCAUUUGGUGUCUACGGCUCCUACGGAGCCCUAGCCUUCUGUAUCCUCAUCGCUCUCACGAAGAAUUUCAACGUGUUCACCCACUCUCCGAAAUAUGGCAACUUCGACUACAAAAACUUUAUCACGGCAUAUCUGGGCAUUCCGCUAUACCUAAUUCUCAUCUUUGGGUACAAGUUCACGCACCGUGGUGAGCCAAAGGUUACUCCUGAAAACGCGGACCUUUGGAGUGGUAAGGAUGAGAUCGAUCGCGAGGAAGCUGCCUUCCUUGCUCGAAAGGAGGCUCAGGCUGAGAAGCAUGCUGACUCAAACUGGUUCUACCAGAAGUGUGUUUCCUGGCUGUUUUGA